GCUCUGCUCCCGGCGAGCAGGCGGGAUGUAAGUUAAUCAUCUGCCUGCAAUUAACCUGUGGCCUCCCUCCCACGCCCACGGCACACGCGGGGCAGUGCUGUAGCUUUAACGCGGGCGGUGGAAGCGGGAGGGAGGACAGCCCUGCCAGAAGCUGCCGCAGAUCCUUCACUGCUGCCCGUGCCCUGGCCAUGGGGAGCCGCAGCCUCCUGGCCGCCAUCCUGGCCACCAUCCUGGCCUCCCUCCUGCCGCUCCCCGCCGCCCCCUCGGCCCACCGCAAGCUCCUGGUGUUCCUCCUCGACGGCUUCCGCUUCGACUACAUCGACGACAGCGAGCUGGAGGGUCUGCCGGGCUUUCGGGACAUUGUCAACAUGGGGGUGAAGGUGGAUUACAUGACGCCAGACUUCCCCAGCCUCUCCUACCCAAAUUACUACACGCUGAUGACGGGUCGCCACUGUGAGGUCCAUCAGAUGAUUGGGAACUACAUGUGGGACCAAAAGAGAAAUGUAUCUUUCGAUAUUGGUGUGAAUAAAGAAAGCCUGCUGCCUCUCUGGUGGAAUGGAUCGGAGCCUUUGUGGGUCACAAUGACGAAAGCAAAAAAGAAUGUUUUCAUGUACUACUGGCCAGGUUGCGAGGUCGAAAUCCUUGGAGUCAGACCAAGUUAUUGCCGCGAGUACUUCAGCGUCCCAACGGACAAAAACUUUGCGGAUGCCAUCAGCGACGCUCUCGAGUCUCUGCGCAACGGCAGCGCCGAGAUGGCCGCGGUGUACUACGAGCGCAUCGACGUGGAAGGCCACCACUACGGCCCUUCGUCCCAACAGCGGAAGAAUGCUUUGAAGGAGCUGGACAAAGCCUUGAGCAACAUGAUCAAGCUCAUCAAGAGCAAGGGCCUUCAGCAUGACCUCAACGUCCUCCUCUUCUCCGAUCACGGGAUGACAGACAUCUCUUGGUCCGACAAAGUGAUCGAGCUGAAAAACUACAUCAACAUGAGUGACACCAUACAAAUGAAGGACCGAGGUCCUGUCGUGAGCCUCUGGCCAGCUCCAGAGAAGCACGCGGAGAUAUAUCAGAAAUUGAAAGCCGUGGAACACAUGGACGUUUAUAACAUACAGGAUAUUCCAGACAGGUUUUUCUACAAAAAAGGAAAAUUUGUGUCUCCUCUAACUCUCGUAGCCGAGGAAGGAUGGUUCAUAGUAGAGAGCAGGGACAAGCUGCCCUUCUGGGAGAAUGGGACAGGGAGGAAGGAGGCCUGGCAGAACGGCUGGCAUGGCUACGACAACGAGCUCAUGGACAUGAGAGCCUUCUUCAUCGCCUACGGGCCAGAUUUCCGAACCAACUUCCGAGCGCCUCCCAUCAGGUCCGUGGAUGUUUACAACAUCAUGUGCAGCCUGGCGGGGAUACAGCCGCUGCCCAACAACGGCUCCUGGUCCAGGGUGGAGUGUAUGCUCCGCAACGCCUCCCCCUCGGCUCCGCUCCCGGCCUGCGCCCUGGCCCUGGCUCUGCUCUCCCUCCUCGCCGAGCGCAUCUCCUCGCCCUGAGCCCCGGACAACGUCCGUCAGUGUCACCAGCAACUCCAUCCUUCUCUCUUUUUUUUUUUUUUUCUUUUUUUGAAUUUGAAUAAUAGCUUCAUUAAUAGAGGGCUGCCCCCCCACUCCUCCAUGGUGCUCCACCAGGCCUGAAUCCGACCCAUCUUGCUUUUACAAGGGGUUAGGACGUGACGCCAGGUUUUGGGCUGCUCUAAACACCGCCAGGAAAGUCCAUGUGGCUCCUCUGGAUUUACAGCACUGGCGACGAGAGCAGAAUCCCAGCCGGUUGUCUGCAACGUACUCUGGCGGCUGCACGUGGAGGUCUCUGAGCAUCAAACGCAUCUUACCCCAGCAUCUUCAACGGAGAGGCUCACCCUGGCUCCUGGUACUGAGAAGUUCAGGGGUGGAGAGAGACCUCCGUGCGUUUCACUGGGUUCUUUCCGAUUCACUCCUUCACCUCCAGUUCCAGCUCCAGCAGAGUCCCACCUUCUCCUCACGGUGCCAACCAAGCCCCGUCCAUACGGACCCGUUCCUUCAAAGAGCCAAGCGCUUUGCUGAGUGGUCUUGAUGAUGGGUGAUCAUAAUGAUGGGUGAUCAUAAUGAUGGGUGAUCAUAAUGAGAGAGGUGGAUUGGCGGGAGAGCAGCGAGAGCAUCCUACUUCUCUCCUCUCGGCCUUUCCUUCUUCUUUUUCCCCAGAGUGAGCCCUGCAGCGUCUCCAGGGCCAGGCUUUCCUCAUGGACCACAGCGGGGAAGAGGGCUGGGAAAGGGGAGAGCCAUAGAAAUCCUCCACUUCAAAAACAGGAGGAAAGGGAAACGGCCCAGGGGUGGGGAGAAAGUAGGGUGAGGGAGCCUGGCAUUUAGCAUCCUCUCUGCUUUUCCUGGUGAAGAUAAUAUCAUCUGCUCAGGUUUGGGGGGUUUUUCUACCCAAUUGCGCUUCUGAAGGUUUUUCAACACUUACUGCUGUUCUACCAGCCCUUGCUCUCUGCACCUGCGCCCGGUGAGCAGCACUUCCCCCUUUAUUCUGCAGCAGGGAGAGAGGUCUGCACUGACGGAUCUCCCACUCUCUCCGUUUAUCCCAGCUAAGAUUUCCACCGUGGGCUACCAAGCCCAGACAAAGUUAUAACGGUAAAGUUAAAUAGCAGGAGAGGAUGGAGCUGUUGUCGGAGGUAAUGCCUCCAGAAGUCAAGUCAAAUGGAUGAUGUAAUCCUCAAAACACCAACAUGGCAGACAUUAAAUCCUUGAAAAACCUGAUUUUGCCCUACUCAUUCACUCCAGCGCAGCCAUGGAUCCACCCUGGGGUGAUGUUCAACACGGGGCUGGUGGCAAAGCCAGCACCACGGUCUCUUAGCUCAGAAGAUCAAUUGGGAUGGAUGGAUGGAUGGAUGCCAUGGUGGGUCAUUUUCCAUCAUUAAGUGUCUACUGUGAAAUAAGCUCGUCUAGAACAGGGCUGGAAGGGUCUGUCAUGGUUUGGGUGGUCCUCAAACCAGGGCAGGGUCUCAUCCUGCAAAGUGUCCUCUCCUCUUCGGGAGGCUGUGGCCUUUGGCAAUGCCUUUGGGAGUGCUCAGUGCUUUUUCCGAUAUACCUCUGAACAAGGAGCUUUCCGUGACAAACUGCCUUUGGAAGGAUUUAGGUCCCUGCCCAUGGAAAAUAAACCUCUGGGACUUCUGAUUCCUAUGGAUCCAGAGUGACACACGGUCCAGGUGUGUGUGGUACAGUGAGUUUAAGGGUGAGUGAUUACACCGUGGAGAAAAAAUAAACCAAGCACCAAAUUAAACUUGACAAAAGACUCCCUGUAAAGAUUUAUGUAAUGUGUUUUUAAAGCUCAAGUGAACCAUCAAAUCAAUUGGGAAAAAAAAGAAAAAAGGGGGAGAAAAUCAGUCUUUGUUAUUAGACUGUUCGGUAGAAAAGGCAAUUUAGUGCUUUCGAAGCAUUUGCGGUAGCUGUAAAACAAGCACCUAUUGUUCAGAGUUCCCGGUUGCUCUUUAAUGGACCAGGCUCAAUGAAUUCACAGGAGCGCAUUUUUAAUGGGAAAAAAAAUUACCAGUGUACCAGAUAACCAAAUGACUAAAUUACAAAGUUUUGUUUUGAAAAUCACCGGGAUAGGUACAGAGAGCGCCUGCUCAUCCCUCCGCAGCCUGCCAUUGUAACCCUUACGGUGGAGCGAACCCAAGGUCCUCUUGCAGAAGAAAAGGUCCCGACGGUACAAGGGUAUAUUCAGAUUCUCAAUUGCACAAGCAGAAAUCAGAUAUAACAACUGGGGUCCGUUGAGUUGUUCCAGGGACGGGCCACGACACACGAAACCAACGUUGACCCCUGGGAUUCCUUCGUGUGGCUCAUUCGGGUCAGUGUCCCCACGCAAAUACUGCAGAAUAAAUCUUUUAAUUGCGCUACGAUUUGUUCGACCCCAAUGCCAGCGUGGUGGUUGCGGCGAUACACCUCAAAAGAUACUUGAACUGCAAAAGGGAAAUUUGACGGUAGACCUACAAGAAGCUCAUUAGCUUCAGGAGAACUCCAGCUGAUUAUUUUUCGAGAAGUGCACCGUUCUUCCUCGGAAAUGUUGUACCUCUGAACAGUUCGCAUUCUCAUUCAAAAAUCAAGUGUCUUGACUCUAGCCUAUUUUUCUGUAUACUAUGCAACGGGGGUGGGUGUAUUUUAAAACCUAUUUCUGAAUGGUGUUUUUGUACAAUGACUGAUUGUGAAUGAGUGAAUAAUUCUAAGAAUGCUGUUAGGAAAAAAAAUUAUGCAUCUUUUUGUAAAUACUGUAAGAUUUUUUUUAAAAAAAACCCCACACCUCCACUGUAACACCUUGCCUUUCUUGUUUGAUUGCUGCAUCAGAGUGUGAUAAACAGUGUUUGAAGCUUGUGCUGAUUAAUCAUCAGAAAGAUGAAUGAUAACAUUGUUUAGAAAUGGCAAAGUUGUCAGCAUGCAAAUUAGGGACAUUAAAUACGUCACACGACACAC